AUGUUUCUGGGGGUGGCUGGGACAUCACCGUCGGCGAACCCAGGCCCUCCUCAGCACUUGGUCCACCAUUCCCAUCCACCCCCAAAACUCUUGUCACCUUCAGUGCAGGCGUGUUGCCGGCUCCCUGGGAGCUUUCCAACGUCAAAACCCCCUUCUUCGGAACCUUCCCCGCCAUACCCACCAUCUCCGGACCCGCUCCAAUCACCCCAGGCUGUGCUCGGAGACUACUUUCUACAAUCGGAGGCGCCUUUUCUAUCGCCGGCGAUGUUUGGGCUAUCUCCGACGGCGGCUGAGCUAACGUCGACGAGAACUGGGUCGUCGCCGACGACCCACUUGAGCUCUAACAAGCGAGAUGUCUCUCGACUCUCGGGAUCCCCGCCAAGCCCAGCUUCAACCCCUUCGCCGGCGAGCUUGCCGCCGACACAUGAUCUUGCGCGAAAGAUUGAUUCGCCUUCGACCCAGACUUCGACCCCUCAAGCGAUCUCGGCCACCCCAUGCACCUGGGGGCGUUAG